AUGGCGGCGGCGGCGGCCGGGGUGCGUGUCGGGGCGGGGGCGGCGCUGCGGGGCGCUCUGGCCGGGGUCUCGGUGGCCGCGGAGGGGAGGCGACGGGAAGAGGCGGCGGCGCGCGACGUGCAGCGGCUGCUCGUGCAGUUCCAGGAUGAGGGGGGCCAGCUGCUGGGCUCCCCGUUCGACGUGCCCGUGGACAUCACCCCGGACAAGUUGCAGCUCGUGUGCAACGCGCUGCUGGCCCAGGAAGAUCCCUUGCCACUGGCUUUCUAUGUCCAUGAUGCUGAGAUUGUCUCCUCGCUGGGAAAGACACUGGAAUCGCAGGCUGUGGAGACAGAGAAAGUUGUGGACAUCAUCUACCAGCCACAGGCUAUUUUCCGGGUCCGAGCAGUGGCCCGCUGCACUAGCUCCUUGGAGGGGCACAGUGAGGCCGUCAUUUCUGUGGCUUUUAGCCCUACAGGAAAGUACCUGGCCAGUGGCUCCGGGGACACCACUGUGCGCUUCUGGGAUCUCAGCACUGAGACGCCACACUUCACAUGUCAGGGCCAUAGGCACUGGGUCCUCACUAUAUCCUGGUCCCCAGACGGCCUGAAGUUGGCGUCAGGCUGCAAGAAUGGCCAGAUUCUCUUAUGGGAUCCAAACACAGGGAAGCAGGUGGGCAGGAGCCUCACUGGCCACAGCAAGUGGAUCACAGGGCUGAGCUGGGAGCCCCUUCACAUGAACCCCGAGUGCCGCUACGUGGCCAGCAGCUCCAAGGAUGGCAGUGUGCGGGUGUGGGACACGACUGCAGGCCGCUGUGAGCGUAUCCUCACGGGGCACACACAGUCGGUCACGUGUCUCCGGUGGGGUGGCGAUGGGCUGCUCUACUCUGCCUCCCAGGACCGCACCAUCAAAGUCUGGCGGGCUCAUGAUGGUGUGCUGUGCCGGACUCUGCAGGGCCAUGGUCACUGGGUGAACACCAUGGCGCUUAGCACUGACUACGCCCUGCGCACAGGUGCCUUUGAGCCUGCUGAGGCCUCAAUCAACCCCCAAGAUCUCCAGGGAUCCUUGCAGGAGUGGAAGGAGAAGGCUCUGAGGCGGUAUAAUCUCGUGAGGGGCCAGGGCCCUGAGAGGCUGGUGUCUGGCUCAGACGACUUCACCUUAUUCCUGUGGUCCCCCGCAGAGGACAAGAAGCCCCUUGCACGUAUGACAGGACACCAGGCCCUCAUCAACCAGGUGCUCUUCUCCCCUGACUCCCGCAUCAUCGCCAGCGCCUCCUUCGACAAGUCCAUUAAGCUAUGGGAUGGCAGGACAGGCAAGUACCUGGCUUCCCUGCGGGGCCACGUGGCUGCCGUGUACCAGAUCGCUUGGUCUGCUGACAGCCGGCUCCUGGUCAGCGGCAGCAGUGACAGCACACUGAAGGUAUGGGACGUGAAGGCCCAGAAGCUGUCUACAGACCUGCCAGGUCAUGCAGACGAGGUAUAUGCUGUUGACUGGAGUCCAGAUGGGCAGAGAGUGGCCAGUGGUGGCAAGGACAAAUGUCUCCGGAUACUUUGA